UCUAAGGCGCGGCGAGUUCGACCAGGUUUGUGUUAAAGAUAAGGCAAAAAGUUCUCUGUUUCCAAAUGGACUCGGCAUGCACCUCGCGCGCCGCCUAUAUAUCUAUAACCGAUCGACCGACCGAGGAGCCCCAACCACGAUCCCGGCCCUAUCGAUCUGUUAUUGCUUGCCGCGAUGGCUGCUGGCCGCGUAGCGGCGGGGGCGGCUUCUCUUCAGAUACUGUUGGCGUUCGUUUGCUUGCUUACCGCGGCGUCGGGGCUUUAUGAUCCCCCAGCGAGCUUCGCGCGGACGAAUCACAUCUGGUACCCGCCGGCCGUACAAGUCAUCGUCAUCGAUCUGGGCAACACCAACUCCUGCGUCGCCGGCUACGCCCCCGGCAAGACCGAGACCAUGUUCCAGUUCUGCAUCCCCUCCUGGGUCGCCUUCAGCGGCGACGGCGCUACCCUCGUCGGCGAGGCCGCAAAGAACCAUGCCAGCGCUGAACCUGACGCCACGGCCUUCGGUUUCAAACGCUUGCUUGGGCUCAGACGAAACCUCUGGUACGAGGAGGACAUAGUGCAGAGAGCCAUCAAGCGCGUCCCGUACAAGAUCGGUGCAAGUAGCGACAGGCCAAGCAUCCAAGUGGCCAUGGAUGAUGGUGCGGUCAAGCAGCACGACCUCGUGAACGUCGCGUCCAUGGUGAUCGCCCAGCUCAAGGUCAAGGCCGAGGAGUACCUCGGACGUCAGGUUAGGUACGCCAUCAUGACCGUUCCGCAGCAUUUCAGUGAGGCGUCCAUGCUGGGUGCCGAGAACGCCGCCAAGAUUGCUGGGCUAGAGAUAGUGGACAUGGUCUCCGAGCCCGUUGCGGUUGCCGUCGGUUAUGACCUCCGCAGGAAGCUGCGCGAGGGCGGCAAUGCCCUAGUGCUCCAUGUUGGCGGCGGCACGGCGUUUGCGAGCGUCGUCACGGUUCUGAUGGAUGGUUCUGUUGGGAUCCUUUUUUAUCGGAACGAUCCUUUCCUUGGAGGAGAUGAUUUUGAUCAGAAGAUCGUGGACUAUUUUGCCAAGCUAGUGAAGAUGAAGCACGGAAAGGACAUCAGUGAGGAUCUGGUUGCUCUCGGAAAACUGAGGGCAGCAUGUGAGCGUGCCAAGAAGGCAUUGAGCGAUCAGGAUCAUGUGCAAGUGACUGUUAAAUCUCUUAUUGAUGGCGUGGAUUUCUCUCAGCCAUUCUCACGGUCAGAGUUUGAGGAAUUGAACGACGAUACGUUCCGCAGAGUUGUUGCAUUGGUAAGGAGAGUCAUGCUAGAAGCAGAACGGAGGAGGGUAAACAACAACAUCGAUGAGAUUCUUCUUGUUGGUGGAAGCACCAAGAUCCCAAAGAUCCAGAGACUUAUCAAGGAUUACUUUAAUAGGGAUGAACCAAACAUAAGGUUGGAAACCGAUGAGGCAGUUGCUCUUGGAGCAGUAGUUCAUACCUAUUCUUCUGUUCAACAAAAUCAUUGCAUUGGUGGAGAGAGUCAUGGCUGAAGCUGAACUGGAGAGGAGCAAGAACGAGAUCGAUGGGAUUGUUCUUGUUGGUGGCAGCACCACGAUCUCUAAGAUUCAGAGACUCGUUAAGGACUACUUUGGUGGGAAUGAGCUAGACAUAAG